AUGCCGCAAAACCGACCGAACACUUGCGAGAUUUGUCAUCAGAAAGCGUUCGGCUACAACUACGAGGUCAGUUUGAGAGCCCUAAUGGAUCAGAAAUCGUACAAGAACACUUCAGGUCGUGUCGUGUAAUGCCUGCAAAAUGUUCUUCCGCAGAUCGUUGACGGAGAAAGUGGACGAAGUGUGCAGACGCGACGGGAAGUGCUUCGACGGAAAUGACUUGGAGGGUAAGUUGCAUUUUACAGUCUUUAUAUGCACACAGACCGGCAGAAGUGUACGGAGAACUGGAAAAUGUGAAUCUGUAACUUUUCACAGAAACCUGGCUCAUAAGCACAGCUCUCUUUUAAUUGAAAAACCGCAAGUCGCAUGCAUCCUCCUGACUUUCCAGACAAACCCUAGUACACCAAACUCUAGAAUUGAGAGAUUGCUGAUCCUUGAACGUAUGCAGGUGUAAAUGACAUGUUUACACGAUCUGGCACCAUCUCAAAGUUGGUUGCACGAAGAAGAUCAUUCCAAUUUUAAGAGGACAAUGAUGAAGUGCGCUUGAUGUGUCGCGGAGCAAAAAUGCAUCUUGGGCGCUUAUUUUUCGACAACCCCCAGGAUUAAUCUUAUAGGAUUAAGCACUCGCGGCUCAAACUUCACCUCGGAAACAGUUUUGCAGGAGGCUAGCUAGAAGAAUCCCUUCAUUAUCCGCUCUCAUCGAAUUCUUAGAAUUCACACGUAGCGCAUAUUCUGAUCGCGAUCUCUAGACAGAUGUAAGCAAGGUGCGAGCACGAAAUUGGACGGCGACGAGACCAAAAUAUCAGGGCGAAUUUGUGGUUGCGGUAGACGGCACACAUCUAUUCCAAAAAUAAUUGGAGGGCUAACGAGAUGGAUCAUUUGAUAAUCUUUUGAUCUUGAAAGGGGUAACUAAUUCUGGCGCAAGCUCAUAAUACUAUUCGGGGGAAAGAUGCAACUACACACUUCUUUGAAACACCUGCAAAACAUUAGGAACAUUUAUUUCUGCCAUGCACUUUUGAAAAUGUUAACGUUCAGAACGACGUCCCCGCUGCCGUGCGUGCCGGCUCAGAAAGUGCAUCGCAUUGGGAAUGCGUCAUCGAGCCGAUGACGUAGUAGAAGUGGAAGAGAAUCGAGCGCAGACUUCGGCCGUCUCGCAGUCCCUCGUCACGCAGCAACACGUGGAGUCGAUUUACCUUGAGAAACUCUACCAUUUGCACAGAACACGCGCGGCCGUCUACAGCAUCAUCAACGUUUGCGAGGACCCGACGUUUUGCGACCUCGUCGCCGAGGGAUCACGAUUAGGAACAUAUGCGCGGCCUGUCAGUAGUCAAUCGGAAGAAACUCGCUUGAGCAAAUUUACUUUUUCAGCAGGAAAUCGAUUGGGACCAGACGGCGCGGAAGAUGAAACCGUGGGGAUCGAUGGGCGUUCUGUUAAUUGUCGAAAUGUGCAAAACUUUGGACGUCUACAAUGAGCUGUUGCUCUCAGAUCGGGUCAGACUUUUAUGUUCGAGACUUCCAAAACAACUAGUCUUUCAGGUGCUUCUCCUCAAAAAUGUGGCCUUGAAAAGUCAUCAUUUGUCGAUCGCCUUCGACUCGUUCAGCCGGAAGAAGGGCCGAGUGUUCAACCCGCAGGACGGCGAAAUGUUUCCCCAAGUCCUGUUGGCCAUUCCACAAUGUCGAGAAGUUUGUAUGGAAUUGUUGACGACGCCGGUGGAGCCGUUGAUCGAGUUGAACGUGACCGAAAGCGAGUACCUUCUGCUCAACAUGAUCGUCAUUUGUAACUCAGGUUUGUUGUCUUGAAAUUUUGUUGAUAUUUUGGUAAAGAGGACUGCAUACACUGACAUUUUCGGGGAGUAGGAAGAAGAGGAAAGAUCACGAGAAUUUUGUCUUCGUUCUCUAAUCAUCAUCGGCCACGACUAGAGCGAAGUCUCAACUAAACUCUAUUUCAGGUAUACGCGGACUAUCCCCCGAGGGCCAAGAAACACUCGCACGUCAUCAGCGCAACUACGCGAAGAUUCUGCUUCAUCAGUGCCUGCUCAAAGAUCCGAAACGGGGACCGAGCCGAUUCGCGGCCAUCGUUUCCAUAAACCAGCGACUGGACAAGCAGAUUUCGAUAACGCGAGAGAUGGAUCGGGUAUUGCGAUUGCACUGGGACGACACCUACUACUUUCCAAAGAUCAUGGCCGAGUCGUGUCGGAUGGAGUUUUGCCGAUUGGCGGUUAAAGAUAACAAUGACAGCUGA